CGAAGGUUGGCAAUCUGCAAUCAAUUUGUGAAGACUCUUCCACCGUAUCAAGCAAACACCUAAACAUGGCUUAUGCAGAAGCAACAGCAGCACAAAUUUUGCUUCUUUUAACAUUCACAUACCUUGUAUACACACUCUUCCUUCGUCCAAAACAACCAAAUGUAGAUAAAAAGAAGCCACCAGGUCCUCCAACGCUGCCAAUUAUAGGGAACCUCCACAUGUUGGGUACCCUUCCACAUCGCACCCUUCAGUCCCUAGCCCAAAAGUACGGCCCUAUCAUGUCCUUGCAACUGGGCCUAGUCCCAACCGUAGUGGUUUCAUCUUCCCAAACUGCCGAACUUUUCCUGAAGACACACGACGUCGUUUUCGCGAGCAGGCCAAAACUUCAAGCUUCCGAGAUCUUAUCGUACGGUUCAAAGGGCAUGGCGUUUUCUGAGUAUGGCCCGUACUGGCGAAAUAUGAGGAAAAUGUGUACUUUGCAGCUUCUUAGUGCGUCGAAGGUUGAACUCUUUGCUCCAAUUAGGAAGGAGGAGCUAUGUGCAGUGGUGAAGUCGUUGGAAAAAGCUGCAGUGGUGGGUGAGGUUGUGAACAUAAGCGAGGUUGUGGAGAAUCUUAUAGAGGAUAUGAUUUAUAAGAUGAUACUGGGUCGCAGUAAGUAUGAUCAUUUUGAUUUGAAGAGUUUGGUUCAACAGGGAGUGGCAAUGGUUGGGGCUUUUAAUCUAGCGGAUUAUGUGCCUUGGUUACGUGCGUUUGAUUUUCAGGGAUUAACGCGGGACUGCAAAAAAACAAGUAAAGGACUAGAUGAGGUGUUGGAGCAAAUACUAAAAGAGCAUGAACAAGCAAUUGAUGUAGGCAAAAGGCACCGUAAAGACUUCGUAGACAUAUUGCUCUCAAUGAUGGACCAAACCAUGGUUCCCCACAAUGAACAAAACCAUGUCAUUGAUAGAACUAACAUUAAGGCUGUUUUACUAGAUAUGAUUGUGGGGGCAAUUGAAACAUCAGCCACAGUGAUUGAAUGGGCUUUAUCGGAACUGUUGAGGCAUCCAAGGGUGAUGAAAGUCCUUCAAGAUGACAUAGAGAGGGAAGUAGGAAUUAAGAGAAUGGUAGAAGAGUGUGAUUUGAUGAAGUUGGGUUACUUGAAUAUGGUGGUGGAUGAGACCUUAAGAUUGUACCCUGUUGCACCUUUGCUUGUCCCUAGGGAAUCAAGAGAGAAUAUUACAAUAAAUGGUUACUAUAUAAAGAAAAAAUCACGUGUCAUAAUAAAUGCAUGGGCAAUUGGGAGGGAUCCUAAUGUUUGGUCAAAUAAUGCUGAAACAUUUUAUCCAGAGAGAUUCAUCAAUACGAAAAUGAAUCAUCAAGGAGACUUUAGAUCUAUACCAUUUGGUUCCGGUCGUAGAGGUUGCCCUGGGAUUCAAUUGGGUUUGGUUAUAGUUAGGUUGGUUUUAGCUCAAUUGGUGCAUUGCUUUAAUUGGGAACUUCCACCUAAUGUUAGUCCUGCCAACUUGAAUAUGCAGGAGAAAUUUGGGCUCUCUAUGCCAAGAGCUGAGCAGUUGCUGGCAAUACCAACUUAUCGUUUAGCUACUAAAAAUGAAUAGCUAGGUCCAAUGAAGGAAAAAUUAUGUUUGUACUUAGUGUUAACGAAACAUUGCUAGUCAUGUAUAUGGAAUAAGGUUUAAUUUUCUUCAUAUAUUUUAGUUGACAAUUCUAUAUAUCUCAAGAGGCCCUUUAAAGCAAGAGAGAAAUAAUUUUAAUAAAAAUAUUUCUUCUUGUACAUUCAAAGUGAGAUAUCUUGAGUUUCACUGCGAUUUAGAGAAGUAUUUCUUUUACAGGAAUCCACAUUUACAGAUUUUUACAC